ACUGGAGGGGGCAUGGUCGUAGAAAUGUCAACAGUUAUGUCUAACCUCACAUGUUCAGAUCUAUCACCUUGCCUGAAUCAACGACAUCGCCGGCUUUGCAAAUCCUACUCUUUAUUUUUCUCUUCACAUCGUGUUCUUAAGAUCAAGCACCAAAACCCCAUCUUGGGAAAUCAAGAAUCAUACCAAUUCAACAUCCCAUUCGAGUUCAAUGCUAGAUACAAAGCCAUUAAGGCAAAGGGAGAGUCAGACGAUCUCCAACCAGAGGAUCCAGUUCCACCGGAAAAACGAUCUUCCCCUGAAUGGAAGAAAUGGAUGGUGGUGAUAACGUUAUCUAUAAUUCUACCUUCAUAUAGGCACAAAUGGGGACCAUUAGUUUUCCUUCGAAGUAAGGUGGACGAAACCAUAGAAACAGUGGAAACUGUGACGGAUAUUACUGAAGAUUUGGGUGAGGAUGUAGAGAAGAUAGCUGAGGCAUUGGAAAACAAGAUUCCUGACCAGGAGGCAAAACUCAAGGAAGCUGUGGAAACAAUUGACCGUCUAGCGAAAGAUGUAGUGAAGGAGACUGAAGAAGCCAAACGACUCAUUCAAAAGGUGGAGGACGCUGAGAAAAAGGUCGAGAAAAUUGUGGGAAUCGAGGAGGAGAGAGAAAAGAGAUAGAAGGUUUUGUUUGGAAUUGUUGUACCCUUUUUGAGAAGAAAAAUCGACAGUAUUAUUAUUAGUGGAAUGGUAUUAUGGUAGCCAUUUUCACUGAGCAAUCCUGCAAGACUCGUUCUUAUA